GAACAGGGCAUUCACAAUUCAAAAAGAAUAGUGUGAUACCUAGGCGUGAAUCUUGUAGGUCUGCAUUCAAGAGUAAUAAUCUACUAACGCUUCCGGCAGUAUAUAUCUUUAACUGCGCUCUAUAAUGCAUUCCACAACAAAUUGCAAAACCACCUUUACCUUUCGCGCAACCGUGCUCAAUGCACUGUCUCUUACGUCACAAUCGGGUGAAGUCGAUCUUUUACGUGUCCAUUUCUUUGGCCUCCUCGUUUCCGAUAACUUGAUUUUGGCGCUGUUCUGCUCUGCCUGUUCGUUGGUCGUUGGUAAGUCGGGUUGGUGAUAGUGCAGUUUCUUCUGUGCAAAAUCUGAUUUUUCCUUUCUAAGCUUUAGGAUACAAAAAAUAAACACAAACAUGUUCGCCUGUGCUAGAUUGAUUGCCCCUGCCACCAGAAGCGCACUUGUUGCCAGCUCGAAGCAAUACCUGAGGCCGCUGAGCAGUGCCGUAUGUCAACAGACGCAGGGUAGCCAAAGAAGUCAGAGCCUCAUUGAGUCCGUACAGAACAGACCAGCAUUGAUGCCAGCCAUCCGUUCUUUCCACGCCACACAACCCACCAGAGACAUCGACUCUGCAGCUAAAUUCAUUGGCGCUGGCGCCGCCACAGUAGGAGUUGCUGGUUCAGGAGCUGGUAUCGGAACCGUAUUCGGCUCCCUGAUCAUCGGCUACGCCAGGAACCCCAGCCUGAAACAGCAACUUUUCUCCUACGCCAUCUUGGGUUUCGCUCUGUCCGAAGCCAUGGGUCUGUUCUGUCUUAUGAUGGCCUUCCUGUUGCUGUUCGCCUUCUAAAUUCUAACGUGAAUUCCACCAAGCGCGUCGACGCAGGCGCGCUUUACAUCAACAUAUUAAAUUAAUUUAAAUUAGAGACAGUCGUUCAGACCAGUUAACUCUUACACGAAUAUGUGUCAGUUUAUAUGUACAUCUACUACAUGUAAUACAUGUCAUCGCGUACUAUUAUACGAGACUUUGGGCUUACUGUCAUCGUAUCUAUGUAUAGUAAAAGAGGGUAAAAUGGCACUUAUUUGUUGGGGCGGUCACUAGAAAAGUGAUAAGACGAUGUACAGUCGCAGGAUUUUUAAUAAAAUUUCGAAAUGUUCUAUAAAGCCUUGGUUAUUAUUUUCGAUAAUUGGGGCGUACAUUCUUUUUUUAAGUCCUUAUCCUUUUACAGUGCUGUUAUUAUUUUUAAAAUAAAAUUGUUUUCAUUGAAC